AUGGAUUCCACAACGCUGGCGGCAAAUGCUCCGACAAUCAAAAUCAAGAGAUAUUCAUGCGUACUCUGCAGCCAACGCAAGGUCAAAUGUGAUCGUAAGGAUCCGUGUCUCAAUUGUGUGAGGGCUGGAGCCGAAUGUAUCCCAAGCAAUCCAGCACCGCCCCGGCGCCGCAAACGAACCGUGGAAGUGGGUUUGCAUGAGAGACUACAACGAUGCGAGGAUCUCUUGAAAACCUAUGGACUUAGCAUCGAUGGUGAAAAUGCUGGAGAGAAUCAGGACCGCAACCAAAUAAAUGCUGUGCCUUCUGAAAACAUACCACCUGCGCCUGCGCCUGAGACUACCCAUGGAACGAUGAUAUCGAAGCCGGGAAUGACGAGAUUCGUUGACAGCCAUUUGUGGUCCACCCUAUUAGACGAGCUCCGAGAAUCCAAAGAUAUACUUCAACAAGAUCCCACCUGGGAAGAUGAUGAAUCCGAUACAUCUGAUACCUCUGCCACCGAUGGAAGCAGCCUUCUCUUCUCAUCAAAUUUUAGACCUCCUAAACUCACCCAGUUACACCCUCCACCGAUACAGAUCCUUCGCCUCUGGCAGAUUUUUAUCGAGAACGUAAACCCUGUGUUAAAAAUAGUCCAUACCCCAACUCUGCAAGUCCAAAUACUUGAAGCAUCUGGGAAUGUUGCUACUAUCCCCAAGGGCCUUGAAGCUCUUCUUUUUGCAAUUUACACCCUCGCAAUCGUAUCGCUCAGUGACGAUAAUUGUUUGAAGACGAUGGGCGAGUCUAGGGAAACCCUCAUGAGGCGAUAUUCCACUGCCGCUGAACAGGCUCUGGUUAGAUUUGGCGCAUUGCAAUCCUCCGACCUGGUUGCGCUUCAAGCAUUGACGCUCUUUCUGGUCGGGACUCGUUCAGACCGCAAUCCUCAAGCAUUUUGGAUAUUAUGUGGCGUGGCCAUUAGAAUGGCGCAAAGGAUGGGGGUACAUCGUGAUGGUGCUCUUGUAACGCCAAAGCUGCCGCCAUUUGAGACUGAGAUGCGGCGAAGGGUAUGGUGGCAUGUGAUGACGAUCGAUUUUAUCAGUGGGAUACACGCCGGUGCGGGCCCUUCAUUGUUAGAAAACUCCUGGGACACAAGGCUUCCGGGGAACUUCAACGACGGCGACUUGUAUCCUGAUAUGAGAGAACUGCCCCUCGAACAUACAGGCGCGACAGAGAUGAUAUAUGUUUUAAUGACAUAUCACAUGUGCCAGGCUUUUGCGGAAGCUCGGUAUCUAUUCGGUUCUCCCGAUCAACGUGCUGUUUCUCUGUCAGAGGCGGACAAGUGGUUUGAUGAACUCGAGACUCGGAUAAGGAACAAAUUUCUUCAAUACUGCGAUUUAUCUAAUCCGCUCCACCUCUGCUCUGAAGCUGCUGCUAUCUCGAUUAUUGCCUCUAAACGACUUUAUGCUCACCAUCCGCGGAAUUGUCCCGCCGAGAAAACCAGCCAAGAACGGCAGGCUCAGAUGACCACGCUCUUCGAGAACAGUAUGAGCGUGUUGCGCUAUUUCUGUGCCUUCCAUUCAGUAAGGAAUGUGAAUCAAUUUCAAUGGCAUAUCAAACGGCACUUCCAAUACGAUAUUUUUGUUUUUCUGCUGAGCGAUUUGCGGCAUAGGACCUUAGGACCCGAGUCUAAUCAAGGCUGGCAAAUGGUUCAAGAUAUAUACAAGUGCUACCCGGAGCUAUUAUCCUCUAAAACAAAUGAGCUCCACCUUGCUGUUGGCGAACUGACCCUGAAAGCCUGGGGAGCUCGGGAGCUCAACCUUCGCACUACGAAUCAGUUUGUAGAAACGCCGGACUUUAUCCUUGAUCUUCGUUCUCAGAGAUCACGCCAGUCUGCAAAAACCGGCGAUAAGAUUCCCAACCUUACAAAUAUAUCUUAUCCAGCCGGCCCUGACCAAAAUGUUGAGCAUAUCCGAAAUAACACAACAGGAACUGGCUCCGGACUUCCUUGGGGGUUUAUCGACUAUGACCCGUCGAUGCCUAUAGAUCGCGUCGUUUCUAUGGACAUGGCCCCGAUGGAUUGGGAGUACUGGGACAACCUCUUCAGGGAGUACGAUCUCCAGGCUGGUGAUGCCACCAGAGGAUAUUUGGGCUAG